GAUAUUUGACAAACGAAUAUCGAAACAAAGAGAAAUAAAGUAGCGUACGUCAUAAAUCUCAAAACUUAUUAGGAAAAUGUUCGAUAUUUUAUAUAAAUUUCUUGUAACAUAAGUGUAAGUACCUUUUCACAGCAAGUUAAGUAUUUGUAUCGAUAACAGUUGUCUAUGUGUUGAAAUGUUCGAAAUUAAAGGCUACAAGAUACCAAGCUUCUAAUGGUUCAAUAGUUUAUCAUUAACAAUGGAAUGUAUGGAAAAAAGUUAUCAAAUUAAUGUAAUGAAAUCAAAAUGUGACAAUAAAAUUGACAUUAACGAAGAAAAAAAAUUAGUUAAUACCAACUUGGGUGUAUUACAUAGUACAAAAAUGGAUACUACACCUUAUCAAGAUGAUACAGAAAAGAAAAUUAUACUUCUUAAGCAUUUACUAGAAAAGGAUCCAAAAGCUGCAGAUUUAAAGUGGUCUCUCUUUAUAUCAGCAUGUAAUACAUAUCGUUAUGAUACUUGUUUAAGACCAUUUCCACCAAUGUAUAUAAAAAAUGAAUGCAAGGAUAUAGAAGCUUUGAGAAAAACUGUAGAACUGAUACCUCCAUUGGCAGUAAUAUUUAGAGAACUUCAUGAGCCAAAUGUAUAUGCUAAUUAUGGACCAGCUAUAGACUUGUUACAUUGGGUGUUAAUAAGAUUGAGAGAUCCUUAUAUUAAAAGUAUAAAUAAGGAAAAUUAUAAUUCUGUAUUAAGGAAACUACCUUCUGAAAUGCAAGUUGCUACACCAAAUUUAAUAUUUCAAAUAGCAAGUGCAAAGCAAUCAGCCGCAGAAGAAAAGUGGAAAUAUAAUGGGCAAGGCUAUUCUACAUUAUAUGCAUAUCACGGGAGUCGUUUAGAAAAUUUUCAUUCUAUUCUACAUUAUGGUUUACAACAGAACAUGUGUAAGAAAUCGCUUUUUGGAAAAGGAAUAUAUCUUUCAAGUGAAUUAGGAGUAAGUUUACCAUAUAGUCCGGUAGGCUAUGGAUGGGGUGGCAGUGUUCUUGGUAGUGAAUUGAGUUGUGUAGCUCUUUGUGAAUUUAUUAAUCACCCUACUAUAAAAAAACAUAAUUCAGGAGUUAGAAUACAAAAUACGUUAUCUGAAUCAGUUCCGGAUAAAUAUUAUUUAGUUACCAACAGUGAUUUAGUAAGGAUUCGUUAUCUUCUUGUUUAUAGUCAAGAAGUUCAUCCAACGAGGAGUAAUGAAAGUUCUGGAUUAUUGGACUGGUUUAGACAGCAUAAAUUAUUAACUUUUAUGCUUGGAUAUGUCAUAUUAUUAGCUUCAGUUGGAUUGACACAUAAUAAGCAAGUAGAAAAGUAUUAUAGAUUGUUUGUCCAAAAAACUGGACUUAACUAAAGCAAGAGGAAAACUUUAAUAAAAUUUAACAAUCUGAAAUAAUCUGCAUAAAUACUUAUAAA